GUGCAUGGUCGGCGAGAGUCCUAAUCACUGUGCCACCGACGCACAAUAUUAUCUAUAUUCAUGCCGUCAGACUUUCAUGUCAAGUUGAAUUUUAUUAUCACCUUUAAUCACCUUCGUAAAAAUAUGUGGAAUUGAAUAAUGCGAAUGUGUAGUUGCUUUUGAGAAAGAAACCGUCGAAAAGAUAACUUUGCUGGAAUUUUUGUUCUUUUCUCUCUAAUAUUUUUCCAAUUGUCUCAAGCAUAACUAUUUUAUCGAGCGUAAAUACAUCGUUCACAGGGCUGAUACUGAAUGUUCUAAACUAUUGAACCGUGUUUUGUCUACCAAAAUUACUGUAUCUGGUCACCAGUGUUGUAUUUAUGACAUCAAAAAUGACUAGAACUAGACUCCUGUUAUUAUGGUCACCUUUACUUUUGAGUAUUUGUUUUCUGGGUUUAAUGUUCACCAGAUGUUGUGCUACCGAGCUGUAGGCAUACUUGCUUUCUCCAUUUUCUCUGGUCAGUGUGUAUGGUGUUGCCGAGAGCGUUUUACAAACAGACGCAGAGUACGGUCAGUGUACUCAGCUCCAUAGGAACAAGUGACUAUAAUAUACAGGUUAAUACGGCUUGUCUUUCAUGUGCUGGCCGAAUAUUUUAUUGCAAGGAAGUGUUACUCUCUCUCUCUUAGGCUGGCAGUGAAGUAUGUCUUACUGAAGGAGUGCAGGUAUGUUUAGUAGCUCGAUAACAGAACAUUCGGUGAACUCAGAACACUCAGCUUCAUUUGAAAAAUCCUUCAAAAUUAUAUACAACGUCCAUUUAACAUUCAAAUAAACUGACAGCGGUUAGAGGAUCAUUGAAAAACCUGAUAGUACUGGACAGCCAGCUUUAUCGUCCUAGUUUGGGACUCUUCAGCAGUACGCAUACACAGGUUUGAACCCAGGACCUUCUAGCUAAAAGGCGAGCUCGCAGACCAUAAAGCCACUGGGAUCCGAUCCAAUGGAUUAUGAAUUCGAAAUUCUGCCACUUCAUGGUAUAGCGCGACUAGCACUAGCGAAUGUCAUCGGCAAGUUUAUGUCUUCACACCCUACCUGCUGUACCCUACUGGUCACAACUUCCCACUAGAACCCAAGUCACUACUCACCUGAAUAGGGUUAGUGGGCGUCAGAUUGAUAUUCAAGUUUUGGUGUACAGGGAUUUGAUUGGUUUCAGGAUUUUCAUCAUGAAUUGGCAGAUAUUGAAAUUUAUGGACUGGUUAUUGGAUUGGGUCCCAGUGUCUUAAUGAUCUGCGAGCUCGUUCGUCUUGUAACCAGAAGGUUCUGAGUUCGAUACUCAGUGGGUACAUACUGUGAAGAGUCUCAAAGUAGGACGAAACAGCCGGCUGUCCAGUACUCUCAGGUUUUCUAAUAGUCCUCUCACUGCUGUCAAAUCAUGAUGAAAUCCUCAAACCAACCAAGUCCCUGCAGACCAACACUUGAAUAUUAAAUUCAAAUAAACUUUAGAAGCAGUCAUUGUGCUUUUCAAUUCUGUGUUAUUCUGUUAAAAGUUUAAGAUAUGAUCACCCGUAAGAUUUUCGGUAAUCAUUCUUUGUAAGAGAAAAGAUUAUUUUUAUUCUGUCACUCCUUUCCUGUUAAUAUUAAUGUUAGAAGUCAUCAGACACAAAAUUUUAUCGACUGGGCAAAUAAAUGAUUUUAAGAAUUAAUGGCCCUAAUGUUAGUCCUGAUAAUUUGUUUCCAGCUAAGAAUGGUCGAAUGUGAUAUUGCAAAAUCCUCCCAGAAAAGUUCCAGUCCAUUGCUACGUAAAAUUCAUGCAAUCAUUAUACAAUGCCAAUAUUCUAGUUUUCAAUGCUCAUUCACAGUUUAAGCGAAAGUAAACUUAACCAACAAUCAGACUAUAGUUAGUGUGUGUUAGGGAGUUUUGUAAAAACAUUCUCCUUGCUUAUUUGGUUUCUGAAUGGUUAUUUUUUGCUUGUUUGUUCUCUCCAAUGUUUAACAUAAUUCCUGAUGCUUUCUAGAUGGAUCAUCGAACACCAGAACCUUCAGGUGCAGACAGUGUCGAUCCUGUGAAAAAUCUUGACUUGGGUCAACCUCCAGAAGACUGGUCAGGUUGGUUUUCAUAUAUGGCCUUAAAGUUUGUUUUAUAUGUUGCAAAAAAUCCUUGGGAGUUUCUUACUUCAACAAUGAUCAUUCUUACACCUCUUAUGCUGAUUUGUGCUUACUGUUCAUACAAAUUAGCCAAAGAAAUUAAACGGCAAGAAGAAGCAAGUGAAAACGGAUUAAAUAUUUUGAGGAAACUGUGUGUAUUUGAAAGCUGCUGUUGUGUUUUUCGCUUUCUGGAUCUGCACCUUUUAAUUAUGCGUGAUGCUUUUAACUACUUACUGUCUGUGGAAAACAAAAAUAGAAUAUUUGUACUGCACUGUAAAUACGAUGAUGUUUCAAUAAAAAAUAAGACUAUCUGUAGAUACUCAAGUAUGCACAGAUUAACAUAUCAUCGUAUUAUCUAUCAAACCAUUUCAAUGUGUUUAAUAUGUUAA